AUGGUUUUCGUUAUAGACGAGUGGCUUCAGCCGCUGGCGUCCCGCAUGUUUUCCCAUCUUCAUAAAGUACUGAACAAAACCGGAGAGUCCACCACGUUAACAUCCGAAAACGAUUUGGAUGAAUACCUGUCCCAGUCGUUCUCAUUCGAUUCUACACUGCUCGCCCCCCCAAAACGGAGAACGCUUGAUGACCUCGGUACGGAAACGUGGAACAGGUGCAGCAAAGAGUUAUCCAAUCCGCCGAACACCUAUCGGAUGGGGACCAUGAAAAUUCUGUGCAAAUUGAUGGUUCUUGCAUUUUUACUCAUCGAAUGGGGUAUGGACAGCGAAAGUGAUGGUGGUGAGUACAACCGUCUGUUUAAGGCAGGGCUGCAUACCACAGACAAGAUGAUUGGUAUGGGCCAUUCAGAUCUUGCCAAGAUGGUUUUAGAAAAGGUGGAUCGGCAUAAUUCUGGGAUUUCCAAAGAGGAAUCCUCAGAAGCUCGUGAACUAGCUGCGGAAUGCUCGUUCCAACUGUCUAUACUUACAUGGAAAGAUAGAUUAAAGGGGCUUGGAAUAGCCCAGCAAUCUAUUCCGUUCGCUAUCCAGAGUCUUGAGUGGAAAACAAAGGCUGCUGACAUACUCUUCCGUAUCGGAAUAGCGAAGAAAAGGGAAGGUGAUCCAGCAGCUAUCGAAUGGUUACAAUGCUGUCAGGGCGUUGUCUCCGCACAGAGUGAGGAGCAAGAAGAAGAUGAACAGUUAAAGUCUAUUCGACAAGCUCUCCUACAUGAACUUAUCAUAGCGUACCUAGAACUACAGAAAAAUUCAACUCUAUUCAUAGAACCUAUCCAGAAAUUGUAUAGUAAGCUAGAAGAGAAUUAUGGCUCCGAACCUAGUACUAUGUUUGUGGGAUUCGAGGUUUCCAUCGCUCUAAUUCCAUAUGUAGAGAAUGGGGACGCACGUUGUAGCCAGCAUCUUCAGUUACUGAUCGAAUCAGGACUUGCCGAAUCCCACCUGAGCAGCGUGCUUUGUUGCAUUCACCAAUUCUGGCUCCAGCGUCCAGGUUUAGCAUAUCCUAUCUUCCAACAGCUGAUAUCGGGCAAGCUCCAACAGCUUGAAAGUGAAGUUGCACUCAUAGAAACAUUGGUGCUAGUCUUCCUACGGCUAUGUACGGCUGAUAGAGAUAUGUCUGAAGGCUUAAAGCAGUCCUCAUCGCUAUUAGUGUCACUUUGCGGUGCAAAACAGAAAAUAGUUGGACUUGGAUUUGAAGCUUCUCAGGCUGCACGAGUGAUGUUCCUUUCCAAAGCAGAUAUCUGUUCCAACGCAGGGAACGUCAACUUGGCAUAUGAUUGGUGUGAACUUGCCCAGCACCAGGUUCUAGAAGAAGGCGACAAAGAUAUAAUCCGAAGGAAGAUGCUUUUUUACGCAUCUUGCUUAGAAAAUAUUACCCCUUCUCGUUUUAAUAAGCUCUCAAACUUCAAGGAAUUAUCCGUUACUUCCCAGUUUCUGUUAUACCAGUUGGCAUUAAAGCAUGGAAAGCUAGAUACCGUAAGGAAGAGUGUAUUAGAUAUGCUCUACAGGAGCGCAGACUUUAGUUCCAUGUGUGCUUGCAUUGCCUAUGCCGAAUCUUGCAACAAGAUUUCUAUUCUUGGCCCCAUUUUCAGGGAGCUACUCAUCAACAAUCGGGCAGGAAAUCACACUAUUCCUCUUCUCAAGGGCUGCAUCCGUAUUAUGGCCAAAGAAUUCUCAGCAAGCCAACAGCUGACACCGGGGGGUGUUGAAGGGAUUUGCGAGCUCUUUGAGAAAUUUUCUACCAGUAUUUGCCUAGACACAAGACCACAACAAGAAAAAGUUCAAUACCUGGAGUGGUUUUCUUCAAAUGGUUAUAAUUUGGUAAUUAAGAAUUAUGCACUGUGGGACGUGAAGUCUUCGAUUAGACUUAUAGACUGUUGCAUAAAGAUCCUCAGCCUGCUUCCCAGAGGGUUAAACGUUGAUACUUUAUCCAACAUCAAUCAGCGUAAUUUUUGGUGUCACAGCAUGGCAACCUUAGCACACUUAGAUAUAGCGUAUCUUGCCGAGAAUCACAUUUCAAGGGACAUGUACUUUACCAGUGCAAGAAUGCAUCUGCAACAGUGCCAAGAUUAUCUCACAAUUCAUCGUCAAGGCAUUGCUCCAGAAAUAUGGGUGAAGUUUUCAGAUGUUGUUCGUUCUAUGGUGGCACUUUAUUUCCAACGUGCAAUUAAUUUGAAUGCAGAGAACGAAGAAGGCAUUUGCACAAUCCUGGGUAAUUGCAAUACAAGCUCAGAUCCACAAUUGCUUUGCAUCCUCGCAGACCAGAUUAUGUCUUCGGGAUUAACUACCCCAGCUCGAGCUACCGCAUUGAAGCUGACAUCUGGAACUCUAUGUGACGUGUUGAAACAUUUUCGUUGGCUUCGCUGUCUCUAUCGAUUUGGACUUAAAUGUGACGAGAAAUGUACCAAAUUUAUCGUCGGUGAAGCACAAAAGCUAGGAAACAUAGCAACAAACCUAAGGCCUCAACUAUCACCGGAGAUGGUGAAGGAGCUUUGUUGGGAAAUGCAAUGGUUACCCGUUGCGGUGUAUAAUCAGUCGUUAAUACUCUACAGGGACAUGAAGAACAGCUUGAGCCGCGAAUGGUUCAAUGAGGCAGUUAAUUUAGUUCAGAACAUCGAGCUCAAUGGAUGGGAUACAGACGGCCUCUCCUCAAGAAUGUGUGCUGCAUAUGGGGCAUUAUUGGGAGAGCAAGCGGUUGAUAAUUUAUGA